AUGAGCAGGAAGACGGUCGAGGCCCGCGAGGGCGAUGCGACUGAACAGAUCCAGACCGCGUUUUCCGCAACAGCCAAGCAUGCCGCGUGGACCGCGGCGGCAGACGCGUGUCGAUGUGCCUCUUUUUUCCUCUCCUCCCAAGCUCCACCAUCCGGUAUGACGCGGGCAGCCGCUCGCCCCUGCCUUGCUCGCCUGGUGCCCGGCAUAGGUCGCAACCGAGACAGAACGGCUGCAAGUCGCUCGCUACCGGCACCUGACAGUCUGUACCUGCGCAGUCUUGUCUCCAUUGCAUCGCACACAUCCGACGGCCCAGACGAUGUCGCCAGAGAUUCGAUCGAUAGGAUCAUACCGUGUUGCGGUACGAGUGACGUAGGCCCAGAUACGCUGCGACUAGACGGUCUUCGAGACAUUGCUUGCCCCGUCUUCGAGAUGUCGUCGGUUGAAGAAAGCGGUGCCCAGCAAGGACACCGCCUGUCCACCGACACCGCCUACUCGCGCCGAUCCAGGUUCAUCCCCUUCUACCAUCACCGACACCACAACGACUACUAUGGAGAACGCCGACACCGCCGCCGCCACUUCGGCAAGCCCAAAUUCUCGGGAUUCCAGCCGCACUUCAUGGCUGGUCUCGGUGAAUUCAUCGGCACGACCAUGUUCCUCUUCCUCGCCGAGGGCGGUGCCAAGACCGCGCAGCUCUCGGUGUCGGCGACGCAGACCCAGACAGCGACGCCGCUGAGUAACGAGACGAUCAUGUUCAUCGCGACGUCGUUCGGUCUGUCGCUCCUGGUUACCGCUUGGAUGUUCUACCGAAUUACUGGUGGUCUUUUCAACCCUGCCAUCACUGUCGCACUCUGGCUCACAGGUGUGCUCACCUCGCGCCGUGCACUCAUCCUUUUCGUCUCUCAGAUCCUCGGCGGUAUCGCGGGUGCGGGUCUCGUGCUUGGUCUCACGCCGUCCAACAGUGUGCAGCAGGUCACCACGACUCUGCAGCCCGGUAUCAACAUCGCGCAGGGAUUCCUCAUCGAAAUGCUCCUCACCUCGAUCCUGGUCUUCACCGUCCUCAUGAUGGCUGUCGAGAAGCAUCGUGCUACCUUCAUGGCUCCCGUCGCCAUUGGUCUCACUCUUUUCGCGUGCCACCUGUUCGGAGCCGUCUGGACCGGCUGCGGUAUGAACCCUGCCCGUUCCUUCGGUCCUGCCGUCGUCGCCGGAUCCUUCAACAGCGAUCACUGGAUCUAUUGGAUUGCCCCGCUUUGCGGAGGAAUCCUCUCGGUGAUUUACUUCAGCUUCCUGAAGCUGUUGAACUAUAACAGCGUCGUAUUGGACCAGGACUCCGACACCGAGAUCACUGGUCUCAAGCCUAUCCACGUUCGACUGUGGAACUUUAUUCGCCACGGCGAGAACCCGAGUGCGCUCAACCCCGAGAGCAGCACGCACUACGACAAGGAGGCACGCAAGCAGUUCGACAACGAGCAGCGCCAGGAGUUCGAGGAGCGCGAGGCUGUGCGUCGCGAGAUGCAGGACAAGCCCGUCUUCGACAGCAACGCCGGCGAGGCCGCCUUGGGCAACUUCUCUCCGCCCCAGAGGACUGCUGAUGUCAUGUCCACCUCGACCGGCAGCACCGCUCACCACUCGGGCCAGAACCAAUCGGGCCCAAUCCUGCCCAAGUAA